AACGUGAUCAUACCUGUUUUAAAUUUCCCGCGCUCUUAGUUCUCUUUGGCGUUUCAAGCUAACUCGCUUUUGUAUUAAUUGAUGAUGCGUUUAAAAUGUAUAGGUCUAAACUUUCCCGCGCUUCUUAGAGGCCACACGCUUGUAGCUGCCGCUUUAUCCCUUGUCGCCCUGAUCUGUCGUAGCUCAUCGGCGACCUCCCUCUCCGGCGGCGGCCUCCGAGGCUCCAUGGCUGUCCCCCAAAUUGAAAUCGAAAUCGAAACAUGCUCUGAAGUCAAAGAAUACCAUGUAUAAUGGUGACAAAAAAUUGAAUUUAAUGAUAGUGGCAGAUAAUUAGUCUCUCCUUAUCCUCUUCUCCUACUUUAUUAAUGUUGCCCAAUUUCUCAUUGCUUCUAUUAUCUGUCUUAUAAUUAGUGAGAAAAACGGCAACUUGUGUUUUGUAAAUCUCACAUCUUCUCCUUCCUCCUCUGUCUCUCUCUCUCUCUCUCUCUCUCUCUCUCUCUCUCUCUCUACACCGACCGGAGAGAAACAGAAGAGCAGAGCGAGUAGAAAGACAGGCAGACCAACACCGGCCGAGUAGAAAGACCGGUGGACAAGAGAGGGGACGGCAUGGUGAAAAAGGAGGGUCCCUGCUGCCAUUGCCGAGUCAUAAGCAACCUUCUCUGGCGAAACGGGCCACCCGAGAAGCCAGUGCUCUGCAAUGCGUGUGGGACAAGAUGGAGGAAAAAGGGUACACUGGAGAAGGACACACCAACGCGGCGUCGUCCCCAAGAUGCUGAAGCGGAGAGGAAACAACCCAAGAAAAAGCCCGUCGUCCGCAGAAUAGUGAAGAAACAACCAUCUUCUGAUCACAACUUGGGCAAGACAGGGGAUGCUGCUCACACUUUUAGCAAUCCAUCUGGUUUUGGAUCAGCGCUAUCCUAUUCAGGUUCAGCGCAAUCACAUGCCCGGGAGUCACUGCUACCAUCAAGAAAAAAGACUUGUGUCGAUCGUCGUCGUAAGCCGUCAUCGCUGGAAACGCUUGUAGAGGAUCUCAACUCCAUAAUGCACGAAGAACAGUUACGUUCUGGUUCAGGGGUUCGUACCAUUCCAGGAUCCUCAGAGGAAGACCUGCUGAUUUAUCAUAGCGAAACUGCAGCUGGAUCCUUUGAGAUCGGUUACGGAAGCAUGCUGCUUACACAUCCAUCCAAGCAUGCUUCUUACUGAUUUAUCAGAGUUUUAGUUUUGGAACUGUACAAGUUCAGAGUUUUGGCUGGUUCAGCUUCUCCCUUUUUAUCUUGUGGUUGGGUGAAUGUACACUAGUCAAUUUGUUUCUGAGUUUUACCUGGCACCAAUCAGUCAAGUAGUAGUUGUUUUGCAUAAAGAAAAUCUUUCUUUGUGGUGUUAGUUGUUUGCAUCUUGUACAGUACCCAUGUAGACCAUUCGUCGUUUUUCUGAGUCAGAUCAGUUAAUUUAUGAGUCAAAUCAUAUAGAGAUACUUGUUUUUCC